CAAUUAGCUUAGCUACUAAAAUCAGUCUCUUUGCUUGAUCUGUGAGCAUAAUAAAAAAAUUAGUUAUUUACUGUCUUAUUUCUUGAACUGUUUAAAAUUUAAUUUUACAAAAUAUACCCACCUAGUUAAUAAAUUAAAUGGGUAGCUGUGCUAACUAUACGUGAACUCAAUUUUAAAUUCUACUUUUGUAAAACUAUCUAUAGAAGUAUGAAGUAAUCUACAAGUAAUAAUUAAUAAGUAGGGGUUAUACCGAAAAGAGCAGGCUAUGACUUAGGCCGUGCAAUAAAAAUGGAAGAGGUUAAAGAAGGUUGUUAUGAACAAAGAGAAGAUCUGCCAGGGAGCAGUGCCGAUAGUGAUGCUUCAAGUAGCACAUUUGAUAGCAAUGACAGUGAGGAUUUUGAGAAAACUUCUGAUGACGAGGAUUUAAAAGAAGAUCUUCAAAAAACCAUCCCAGAAUGCUAUAAGUCUGAUUCCAAUUUUUCAUCACAUACCUCUAGUGAUUUUAACGAUGAUGAAUUUCAAGCUACAGCUCUUUGCCAAUUUAUGGAUAUUUUGAAUGACUUAGAUGAAGUUUUAGACAAGUCUCUUUUGGCUUGUCUUGAUGAUGGUACAAGAAGUUUAGAUAGUGAUGAAGAAGAUCUGAUAUGUAAGCUUAAAGAAGUGAUAGGUGAAAGAGCUGACACAAUGGAUCCUUAUCAGGGGCCGAGUUCUAUUGAUGAUAAUACUCAAGUAGUUGUUGCAAGUGUUCAACCAUCCAGGCUAGUAUGUGAACAAGUUUGUACAGAGGAAAUAUAUGACAGGGCGAAUCUCGCAAAUUUGGGCAGGUCAAAAAGUUUUUCUGAUUUAUCUGAUAGUCAGAGAGAAGUUUUGGUGUCGUCACUAGAACGUGCAAAUACUACCAACGAUGGUAUACGUAAUUCGAUGAGAAGACUGGACCCUAUUGUUUUACCAGCCAUAUCAAACGAACAACCAUGUGAAUCUCUGACACUGCCCGUUAUUCUUUUUUUAGAACAUCAUGUUAAUAUGAGACCAACAAGUGCCCCAAUACAGUUGCAAUUAACUGCAGCGAAUUUAAGUAGUGAUGGCAGUUCUGGGCCUCUUAUUGUGGGUCGUCGUACGUUACUUAUGAAUCGGGCUUUAUCACUACCAUCGCCAGGGGAGAGUGACGUCACAACAGGGGAAUGGACUGGUCGGAACACUAUCAGAAGUAUGGCCAGAAGUACAAGUGCUUCUAGUUCUUCUAGUGAAUCCUUGGGCGCCGAAGACCCUGUGAAUCCGACUUCUGGUACCACUGAAGAGAGAAAUGACGAGACUGAAGAACCUCCUUUUGGAGUAUGGCCUCAUCGUUUGAGUGCCAUGUUGGCGUGCCUAAGUUGUACUGUAGGAAUAUUCAAUAUAUCUAGGUUUGCCAUAUUCAGUGUUCAUUUUGGAGCGAGCUUCGUAAUACAGUUUUUAAUACUCUCACUUUUGGUUGGAAUACCGUUAUUUACGUUGUACUUAUGUAUGGGCCAAGUACUAGCUUCGGGACCAGUGGACAUGUGGAGGAUAUCGCCUAUAUUCCAAGGAGUUGGUAUUGCAUUACUCGUUGUACAGGCUGUCAUUGGAAUGUAUAGUAUAAUUGGUCUAUCAUGGUUAUUCGUUUACUUCAGAGAUUCAUUUAUAACGUCCGAAGAUAAAUACAAAUGGGCGUUGCCUCAUGAAUACAAUUUCGAAGAUGCCAGUUUAAAGAACGCAACAUUUAAAAUACAAGAAACGUUACCACAGUAUUUUCAUGGAGAAGUGUUACAAAGAAAUUUGGGUUUAUCCAAUACGUCUUUUGGGACUAUAAAAUUUCAAGUCGCCUUUAAUUUGGCGGUAGUGUGGAUGAUUGUGUUUGUAUCGCUCAGCAAAGGACUCAGAUCUUAUGGCAAGGCUGUGUAUAUGCUGAUAUUCCUGCCUAUUUGCGGUAUACUGGUGUUGUGUACGAAACUCCUCACGCUUAUACCUUACGAUUCUGUCACCAGCAUUUUCUUGGAUACUGAAUGGAGUGAAUUUUUUAUCAACAGCAAUAGUUGGGCUGCUGCAGCUCAAGAGAUAUUCCUCACGUGGGGUCUUUUAGGACCAUGUAUAAUGCAGUUAACAUCACAUAAAAAUGCAAAGAAGAAGACCAAUGCGGUGCUGCAAAAGGAGAGUGCCUGUAUAAUAGCGUUCACAUUUGCCGUGUUGUUACUGGGGUCGUUUUUGGCCAACAUUUGUGUUCAAAUUUUAUGGAAUAACGGUUAUGUUUACGUGCCUGGCAGUUUUGAGACACUAAAGUCAUUCCAAUUUCUAUGGCCCACAUCGGAACCGAUGCCGGGGAAUUUAGUGUCGACGCCGACACGUUAUAUGGGACACUAUGGCAGUUUAGUUGGUGUGACUGUUUGGCGGACUGGCAACGCAGCCAGGUCGUACAGUGGUUGGCAACCUUUACAGUUGGCGACACAAAUAGUGCCGGCCACACUUGCGGCCUUGCCGGCUAAUAUUCUAUCCCCAGUAUGGGCGGUGAUAUUCUACUUCAUCCUGAUAAUUUUCGGUAUAGCCCAGCAGCUCGCUAUAUGGCAUUGCGUGAUCACAGGCAUCAUGGCUAUCAACGCGAAAGCGCUUCGAGUCUGGGAGACGACCAUCACAUUUUUGAGUUGCGUUUUUGGACUUGCUGUUGGCUACUUGCUUAGUACAGAUGCGGGCGUGGCGGUGGUGCACUUCGUGGACGUGGUGUGGGCGGGCGCGUGGUGGCAGUGCGUGGCGCACGCGGCGCUGGCGGUGGCGCUGUUCGCGGUGCGCGGCCGCCCGUACUCGCCGGAUGCGCUCGCGCAGGCGCUGUUCCUCGAGCGGCGCAAGCUGUCCGCUGCACUCGCCGCGCUGCUCAGCUUCGCGUGGACCGUCGUCUUGCCCGUUGUGUUAUGCGCCAUUUGCGUCAUGGACUUUCGCAUUGGACAACAAAGGCAAUUUUACUCUUGGAGGAAGCCUGCUGGAUACUGGCCGGUAUGGGCGCGUCAAUUGGCGGUGUGUAUGCAGCAAGGUACUCUACUAAUCAUACCCAUCACGGCCUUCAUACAAACCUGGCGGUACAUGAGCAAAGGGCCACCCGACAUAUUCGAUGAAUAUGGAACUAGUGAUUGUACGGAAGAGUUGCGCAUACAAAACUUGUACCGACCGCGUAUGGGCUUGGAGAGCGAACAGCGGCCGCGGUCGUUGCCCCGCGCCGUGCCCGCCGCCGCCGCCGCCGCCAGCCCCGCGCCGCCCGUCGACCCGCCGCCCAAGUACACGCCCCCGCCCUCGUACUCCACCGCUACUGGCGCCAGGCUGCUCACCACUAUACGGCGGAGUUUCAGGCGACUGCGCAGAAUAACAUCAUCCAAUUCAGAACAACCGCCUGCCGACGAAACAUCACAAAUACCCAUCACAUUAAGCGAGACGGUCGACCGCGAUAGAAUGGAAAUCGAAUCUCAACCGCCAAAUUAUAGCGGAGUUUUCGCGACACCCUCCAUCACUAUAACAGACGAAACCGACUCCAGAACCAGCAGACCAAGGUCGUCGACCUCUCGGAAUUCACUGUCGCUCACACGUGACUACCUUCGGAGAUCGUUUGUCAGAAAGAGUGACUCUGCAAAGAGUAUUCGCUCUAGUUUGCGCAGGAGUUUCAAAUAUGGCGUGACAUUGACGACCAGCCACGAACAGUUGGUGCGUGAAGCGGAACCCAUAUCUAAUACGGUUGCCAUGUCGGCCAUGUUGGAUACCGAGGGCUCUCCACAUACACGUAGCCUUGCCUCUGUGAUAUGAUUUUUAAACCGCCUAUGUAGCAUCACAAUUUAUUAAAAAUAACCAAUGGUUUUAUUAAAAUGUAAGAUCAAUGGCGAUGUUUCUGUUUUUAAAACAAUAAGGAUAAGAAAUUAGGUCUAGGAAGACUAUAAAUAUAGUUGUGACGUAUUUAGUUGAUCGUAUUAACAUACAUAAUAUCAAUAAGUUCUAAAAUUGCGCUAGUUAAAAUAUGGCAUUUUACAAAAGAGCAAAAAAAAUGUCUUUCUGUUUCUAGUGUAUUAUUUUUUUUUACAAUAAGUUUUAAUAGGAGGCAAUUGUUUAAAAUCGAGAUUACUGAUUAUUUCAGAUGUACCGUACUAUUCCUAAGAGCUUUUCAGACAAAGUAAUGCAACGUCGCAAUUGUCUAUCAAUUUUCAGGAACAAUUGAAGAUUUUUUUAAUGUUUCUGAUUGAUUAUUUUUCUCCUUUGCCCAAAGGUUGUCUGGAAGAGAUUGCUUAGCGAUCAGACCUCCUUUUCCAUCUCGUUAAAAUUUACUGUAUUAGUUAUUUUUAAUUGGUGCAAUAAAUAAAAAUAAAUAUUUCAAAUAUUUAUUAAACUAAGUAAACAAAAUGACUAUAAAGUUCAUGAGAUCAACGAAUGUAAUUCAUAACUUUGUUCGAGUAACAGAACAUUACAUGUAUUAAUAGGUAAUAGAAGACUUUGAAUUUUGAUUAUAUUGAUAGUUUGUAUUGGCCGGUUCUUAAUUAUUAGGCUUUUGUAAAGUCAAAUAUAAAAUUAAGUAAGAGCAAAGAUUAGAAUUUUAUAAUCAAAUAUAAAAAAAAAAGUAUUCUAAACCAAUUGUAUUUAAUUCUAUAUUUGACUGUACUUAUGUCGACUUGUUAAACUGAUUUUAAUUAUUACUUAGUUUUAAGAAAAUGAUAAGGGUUUAUUUUAACCGAGAGAAUCUCUGUAGUUUCACUCCGUAUUUUGAUUGUUAUUUUCCUCAUGAGCCAUGUAGUUAAAUCUUAAACGAUAUUAUAACGUAACAGAAUUUUACAUUAUUUAGCUAUAAGUGUGAAUACAAUAAAUUCUGAGCUUAUCACAAAAGGAAUAACUCGUUCAGAAUAGGUGUUUAAAAUAAUGGUAGUUAUAAUGGAAUAUAUAGACUAGAUGUGUUCUCAUAGUUUUACGUCGUUCAGAAAUUUGGAAUGGUCGGAAUUGUUUUAUACCGAUUUGUGUGUGAAUACAUUUUUGUUUAAAUCAAUGGGCAAGCACUUUUUGUUUGCUUUUACUUAAUUCAUAAUCUCAUUCUACCAAACUAUUAUAUUCCUACUUAAAAAAAAUAGUAUAGCAGCUCGAUUGACUUUCCUAGUCCUAACUGCAUGGUAUCGACAAUUUGACAUAAGCUAUUUAAGAUAGGCUUAUGUCAAACUUGUGUGUAUUUUAUAUAUUAUGAUUAGUAAGCGCUUGUAUAAAUCGUAGCAAGGCGAGAUUUUAUUGUCAAAAUACAAGUAGAAAGCAAGAUCUGUAAAUUGGACUCUUUUUCCGUCGACAAUAAUGUAAAAACUAAGCGAAUAAAAUGUAUAUACUUUUAUACAAUAUCGUAAUGAAAAAUCGUGCCGUGCUAAAGAAAAUAGUAAAAGCGCUCAAUAAAAAUGUACUUUUUAAAGGACAGAAAGGUUUUGAAAUGGCAGCCUGUUAGCAGGUGCCAAUUGUAUACAUAAUAGAACUGUGAUAGGACCGUGAUAAUGGUGAUAUAUUAGGGCAAAAACCAGCGCGCUUUCGACAAAACAAAUAACAUUUGAAGAUCAUUUGUAUACAGUUGUAUUAAUUUUUAAGUGCUUAUAAUAUUGAUGUAUACAGAUUGUAAGUAACAUUGUGUGUUGAGUACAAUGAACUUAGCAUGUAAGUGACACAAUGGUUGUUCAACUAGAUUUAAACUGAAAUGUUAUGCAGCUUUUUAUCCUAAGUUCCUUUCGUUGCAUUUAUAGUGUUUCAAAAUUGUGUUCUUUGGAAUUGUAGUUCUAGUCACAAUACUUCCAUUUUUUAACAUCACAUUAGUUUUACUAUUAUUCUUUUAUAAAACACAUUUGAUCGCACAUAUUUUUUGAUUUUGCUUGUUUCUUUUACAUUCCACUUGUUGCAAUAUACAAAAUAUAUUAGUAAAUAAAUAUUUUUUUACACA